AUGAAUCUCUUCUCUUCCAUAUUUAGCUAUUUGCUACUGCACUUGUUUGCUUUCUGCUUGCAGGCACAGGUAACUGUUCAGUCCCCACCUAAUUUUACACAGCAUGUGAGGGAGCAGAGCCUGGUGACCGACCAACUAAGCCGGCGACUCGUCCGGACCUAUCAGCUGUACAGUCGGACCAGUGGGAAGCACGUGCAAAUCCUGGACAACAAGAAAAUCAAUGCCAUGGCGGAGGAUGGAGACGCUCACGCCAAGCUCAUUGUGGAGACUGACACGUUUGGGAGCCGAGUAAGAAUCAAGGGGGCUGAGACAGGCUUCUAUAUCUGCAUGAACAAGAAAGGAAAGCUGAUUGGCAAGAGCAACGGCAAAGGGAAAGACUGUGUCUUCACUGAGAUUGUGCUGGAGAACAACUACACAGCAUUGCAGAAUGCAAAGUACGAAGGAUGGUACAUGGCUUUCACUCGAAAGGGACGCCCCCGCAAGGGCUCCAAGACUCGGCAACAUCAGCGUGAGGUGCACUUCAUGAAGAGGCUACCCAAGGGCCACCAAACCACAGAGCCUCACAGACGCUUCGAAUUUCUCAAUUACCCUUUCAACCGGAGGAGUAAAAGGACUCGGAACUCCAGUCCAAAACCAACCCCCUGACCCAUCCCCCCUAGCACCACUCAGGUCCACCCCUCAUUUCCCUUUUGCUGGAGGACUUCUGUAGAGACUUAAUUGAUGGACAAUGCUUAGAGACUUAACUGAUGAUGAUAACUAAAAAGAGGGAGGAAGAACAGGGGGGGAAAAACUUGAUCUAGUUGUUUAUAAUUGUUUGUUUUGUGUUUUUUAAAAAACAUAA